UUCCGACCAUGCCACCGCUGACGGGCUGAUGGAUUUCAUCUUCCUGUGUGACUUUGACAUCUUCAAAGGUAUGACGGACAAACGCUGAAGCGACCCGAAACUUUCCCUCCUUCUGGUCGUCAGGAGGGAGUUAAUGAAGAAAUCUGAAGGUGUCAAACGGGUUGUGAACCUUAGUCGAUGGAUUUGUCACCUUUAAUUCAAGAGUUUUUCACCUGUACUUUCUCCGUAGGCUAGAAACGUGGAAGGAUGGGCGACUGGAGUUUUCUGGGGCGGCUGCUGGAGAAUGCUCAGGAGCACUCAACAGUCAUCGGCAAAGUCUGGCUGACCGUCCUCUUCAUCUUCAGGAUCCUGGUGCUCGGCGCCGCGGCCGAAGAGGUCUGGGGCGACGAGCAGUCCGACUUCACCUGCAACACCCAGCAGCCCGGCUGCGAGAACGUCUGCUACGACGAGGCCUUCCCCAUCUCGCACAUCCGCUUCUGGGUGCUGCAGAUUAUCUUCGUGUCCACGCCGACCCUCAUCUACCUGGGCCACGUGCUGCACAUCAUUCGCAUGGAGGAGAAGCGGAAGGAGAAGGAGGAGGAGAUGCGCAAAGCGAACAGGUUCCAAGAGGAGAAGGAACUCCUAUACAGAAACGGCGGCGACGCCGGAGGCGGCGGGAAGAAGGAGAAGCCGCCCAUCAGAGAUGAGCACGGCAAAAUCCGCAUCAGAGGUGCGCUCCUGCGCACCUACGUGUUCAAUAUUAUUUUCAAGACCCUGUUUGAAGUGGGUUUCAUUUUGGGCCAGUAUUUCCUGUAUGGCUUCCAGCUGAGGCCCCUGUACAAAUGUGCACGUUGGCCGUGCCCCAACACUGUUGACUGUUUCAUAUCAAGGCCCACUGAAAAGACCAUUUUUAUUAUAUUUAUGCUUGUGGUGGCUUGCGUGUCUCUUUUGCUGAAUUUGUUAGAGAUCUAUCACCUCGGAUGGAAGAAACUCAAGCAAGGCAUGACGAACGAGUUCGCCCCUGACAGCGAGUCGCUGCAGCGCGCCGACGCCGCAGAGCCUCAGUGUUUGGCCUCGGCCUCCAGAACUGUCCCAUCCAGCCUCAGCUACCCUCCCAACUACGUAGACGUGACGGCGUUCCUGCCACCUGGAAAGCCGGCAGCAAUGGCUUCAGCAGCCGAGUUCAAGAUGGGUGACCUCCAGCAGGACGAGUCCCUUCAGCAAUCUUCUUCCCCUUCUCGGUACUACAUCAGCAACAACCACAGGCUGGCCACGCAGCAGAACUGGGCCAACCUGGCCACCGAGCAGCAGACUCGGGAGAUGGGUUCCCCUUCGCCAUCCUUGUCUUCUUCUGCCAACAAUGAGAACAAACAGCAGCAGACGCCGGCUGGUGCUGCGCCGCUUCUUCCCAGCAACAACACCAACAGCAACGCCAACACCACCAACAACGCCGCCUCAGGCAGCACCGGCGGCAGCAGCCCGGCCACCAACAGAGGCGGCGGAGGAGGCGACGACACGCAGGAGGAGGUCUGCCGCACCAUCACGACAGUGGAGAUGCACGAGCCUCCGCUCAUGGCCAGCACAGACCCUCGACGGCUCAGCCGGGCGAGCAAGAGCAGCAACGUCAGGGCCAGGCCAAGCGACCUGGCUGUCUAGAAGCGCUUUGGCCCUUUACGGUCCCCCAACCCCUCCGACAGCACCUCUGGCUUCCCUCUACCAUGCCCUCAAACACUGUGAUUUUUAAACACGCCAGGAAAGCAAUACAUACUUGCUUUAGGUAGGAACAAAAUCUAAGAAAAAUACAAAAAGACAAAGUAAAAAGAGGCAGGAAAUCAAAUCAGCAUAAAAUGUAGCUGCUAGUUUGGAAUCACUCCCCCAGACAGAAGGGUCCGACUUCACCGUCUCUCCCUGCCCCCACCAAUCUAAGUCCUUUUCUGGCUUUCAAAUAUUUGAUCUUAUGGCCUAACACAAACAUAUCAAUUGUCAACCUUAAAUCCAAACUAAAUGUACUAGUCAUUAGCUGUAACAGACAGGUUUUCAUUUGUAAGUGUGGCAGCUGCCACCAUGUGAGAACCGGGAAGGGUUUCAGGCUCUGGGGACUCAGGGUGGUGUUGAGAGUCUUGGGUCAAAUACUAUCACCCCCAGCUGCAGCCUCUUAGUGCAGUCGGUGAGUUGUCGAGCUGCAGGACUGUGCACAAAAAAGUGUGAUCACACCUUUUAACAAAAAGCAGAAGGUAAAACUCUCUGUGGUUCAUUUUAGCAACCUGGUUCGGUGGAAGACUUGAUGUUUCACUCUUAUUUGUCGGCACAAACUGACAUUUUCCUCAUGUCUGUGUCAAGAUAAUGAGAUUCUUAUGUUAAAUACCACUAUGUCCAUGACAUCUCCACCUGGUUAUUAGCUUGGCUAUCUGUUCAGGUAGCAAGCCUAUCCGGUCAGCCGCUUUAGAUUUGCCACUUGUCGUUUUAGAACUGAACUGCCUUCAUAAGAGGGAUUGCUGGUGCUGUUUCAGUUUCCAAUACCAUGAUACUUUUCUGUAAGUGAGGGAAACGUGACGUGGCUUUGUCUUGGCCAGCUGCCCGGCAGUGCGCAGCAACAAGUGGGAGAGAAAGCACCGGUCACUUUGGCACUUUCUCUGAGAUUUUAUUAAGAUGAUUGAAAUGGUAGGAGUGGCAUAACAGAACAAUUUAUUGCUUUAGAAAACUUAAAAGCCUUAGUAUUCCUUGAUACGGCCUAAUAGAGAAUGAAAAUUUGCAUUUCAGCUGCAGGAAGCACCAUUGAUGUUCUACAAAAAUGUCAGUGCUCUAUGUUAUGAUAUGUUAUUGCAAUUUAUGUUAGCUUACUUAUUGCUCACUGUGAGGGUUUACUAAAGACUCUGAAAUCAAUGUCACAUCAAAAGGUUGUAGAAGAAGAACAAGAAGUGACAACAUAAUUGUUUUCAAGACAGAUCAUUGCAGAAAGUGUAGUUCUUCAACUCACCGAUGCACCGGCACAUUAACCUAGUUUGACCCUAAAUCCACUAUGUGUCUUUUUUGCCAAUAUUUUACAAAAUUGAUAAAUCAGGAUGAAGGAAAAAAAAAACAAAAACAAUGCAGGUCAAAAUGAACCAAGUGAUUCCCAUAAUUGACCUUGUCCUCUCAGAGGAAAAUGGUUACCUGCCUCUGCUUUCAACCAACAUAAGUCAAAUCAUAUUGCACAUAGUUACUGCAUGCCAAAAACAUUUAAAAUAUAAAGCAAAAAAUACACCAGCCAACAUAAUGUUCAAAAUAUAGCAUCCCAGAGGGUUUUGGUUAAGGAUUUGUAACAACUAUUUUGUAGUUGCCCACAGCUACCCACAGCUACCUUUUUAAUCACAUCUGAACAAUGAUAGCAACCUGGGAAGCUUCAUUAUUUUUUAUUGUUACACACUCCAUGUGCUUCUUCAUUGGUUUUAUUCUGAAAAGUGCUAUUUUUUUAAGAAACUGAGUUGAAUUUUACUCACACGCCCCAUCCCUGUAGCAGUCAGUUUUUGACUGAGCAGCAACUCAGAUUAAAAAGAAAAAAACAAAAACAGCUGUUGUGCGUUUUUGAAACGCUGUUGUGCAGUACCCCCCACUAAUGCUUUUCAUUUCUCCCGUGCUCGUCGCGAUACUUAAAGUUAGUGAAAGACUCCUUCAGAGAACCUGGGAAGUGAUCUCAUCACUCAUCAACCAACCGCCACGCUUCUGUAUACAUGGUGUGUCACUGUCCUGUUCGGUUGUCCAUGCUGCAAGCAUUUUCAUUUUACAUUAACCUAAAUCUACUGUAUAUUGUCCUCACCAGGGCACCUGAGUGAAAACCUACCUGACAUGUUAUUGAGCAUAACACCACAAUGAAGGACUAGAGGGACAGUUUAGGAUUUUAAAGUGAAGUUCUGCUACAGGCUUUUAAGCAGUUAAUAUCUUACUUGUAAUAGAUUAGUCUCAAGGGACCCUCGUUGGUAUAAAUCCACAGUAACUAACCCUGGAGACAGAAGCUAGUAGCUAGCGUCAGCCUCAGUGGAAGAAGCUAUUUAGGCUGAAGCUAGCAACUAGCUAAUCCAAAAAGACCAACUCCCCAGUCUUCUACCAUUUUAAAAAUCCUAAUAUCUCACAAUGGCAUUAUUUGAGAUUUCAGAGAAAUCUCAAAAUUUAGAAUUUUAAAGUGAAGUUCUGCUAAAGGUACAUAAGCAGUUAACUUACUUGCAAUAGAUAAGUCUCAAGGCAUCUUCAUUAGUGUACAUCCACAUUAGCCAGCUCUGGAGACAAAAGCUAGUAGCUCGCUUCUUCCUCAGUGGCAGAAGCUAGUGGCUAGCUUUAGCAUCUGAGACUGAAGCUAGCAGUUAGCUAAUCCAAAAAGACCAACUCCCCAGUCUUCUACCAUUUUAAAAAUCCUAAUAUCUCGAAAUGGCGAUCUGUGAGAUUUCAGAGAAAUUUCAAAGAUUUUAAAAUGAAAUUCUGCUAAAGGCAUAUAAAGUUAAUAACGUAUUUGCAAUAGAUGAGUCUUGAGGCAUCAUCAGCGUAAAUCCACAGUAAAUAGCCCUGGAGACAGAAGCUAGAAGCUAGCGUCAGCCUGAGUGGGAAGAAGCUAGCAGCUAGCUAAUCCAAAAAGUUCCCAGUCUUCUACCAUCUUAUAAAUGCUCAAAUCGCGAAACAGCAUGAACGCUGUUUUACCAACCUUAAAACUGUUCCUAUUAGCAGUCAAUGGCUAUUUAAACUGCUGGGGGGUUUACACUUGAGAUGGAGGUCAGAGCUGAUACGCCACCAGUGGCGUUCCAAUGUGAGAUGUGUACAGUGAAUUAAGCACAGUUUCAUAGCAAAAUGUAAAUAAUACAAAAGUUAAGCACUACAAAAAGGACAAAAAAAGCACUGGCUUAAACUGCUACAAACACCUGAGAUCUUCCAGGGUUAGUUCGUAUUUUGAACAUGAAGUUCACUGGUGGCGCAGUGCCAACGACUUCCAUUUCACAUGUUGAUAUUGCAGGAUGUGAAAAUGGUUUCAUUCUUCAUAAAACUUAUGUUUUAUGACGCUAGUGGUUUAUGGAACCACCGACACAUUUGACGUCAGAGUUGUUUUAAUGCAAUGGACAUUACAGUUUGGUCUCAUCCCACAUUAGACUAGACACAACCUUCAGGACCAACUCAAACGAAGAGACUUAGUGGGUUAUCUGCUGCUGUAGUUAGUCAUGUAACAGAACUUCACUUCAAAAAUAUGAAAGUCCUUCCUUUAAUACUACUUUAUGUAGGCAGUAUUUCACAUGUUGUCUGCACUGCCAGCAGCUACGGUGAGAGACUGGAGUAGGAACAGGGUAAAGGAGGACAUUUUUCACUUUUCGGCAAAGUAGAGACGCUACAAAAUCAUGUUACUGUAUAAUCCUAACAUAGUAUACCUUAUUUAUAGGUAUAAGGACAGGUGUAAAACUAUGCAAGGAUAAAACACAAAGCUAAAACCAGCCUUUGUAACUUCAAUUAAAAAAUGAAAAAAAGCACCAGAGAGAUUUGCUUUUUUGCUAUUAUCAUUAUUUAUGAUUUUUAACAUUUACAUUUUGGUCGGUACUUGCACAUGUAGGAAGUAAAGGUGCUCCUCUACAGUAGCAGAGCUAACAGUAUUAACAGGCAGAGAGACGUAAUGUGACGCAAGGCUGCUAGAGACAGGGUGAAAAGUCUUAAGAACCACAACUGUUCACAGACAUAGGAAUAUUACCAAAAGGCUCAUUCGUCUCGCGCACUGACAGCACAGUGUCCGGACAUUGGGAAAAGGAGAGAAAUCAGCUGGAAUAUUUUUGUGUUUGUUUAGUUAAUGUGUUCCCACAGACGUGCUGGGACUCUGGUCAGACGUCACACGUCGAGGCAGCCCUGCUCGUUCAGAGAGAACGGGGUGGCUGACCCUUCCCCAACCCCGCCACCCUGACAGGAUGUUGGGUUCAAAGAGCGUUGUCCCCGUGACUCCUGGGAGCUCUCUUUCCACUAACAGUAUUUAUUUAUUUAUUUUUUUUUCCAUUUAUCGUUUACGUGCGGAGCACAACGUCUCCGGCCCAUCGGGGAGAAGGAACCAUCUCACGACGCUCACAGCAGCAAUCUGUUUUCAAACGCUGUCUUAAAACAAGAGAAGUGCCUUGUGUAUGAAUGAUGCUCUUUGUAAGGACAAGUUGAUGUAAAUGUUAAUUUACCUCAAGUGUUUACA